AAUGAUUGUCUUUACUGACAAAAUAACAAUUACAGAAGAAGAAAAAAAUACAAUAACAGAAAAAAACAGCAGAGACAGCCAAUAGCGUAUGAUGUGAAUUUCCGCCCAUUCACAGUUCAACAUUGAAAGGACUCCCCCGCGCCUCUCCGUUGUUUCUUCACAGCUUCCACUCUCUCUCUCUAUAUCGGAUUUCCCCUUUUCAACCAAACAUAGAAAAACGUUUGACAAGGGGGGACCAAAUCCAAAACCAGUUCGUAGAUGAUCUACCAAUUUUCUUGCAAUUUGAGAUUGCAAUUCUUCGGUCUUACCGUCGAAUUUUUGUCGGUAUGCCUCUUCCGUGGAAGAAGACCAGGGUUGCCCGAAUCUCGCGACUCGUGGCCGAUCUUCAGUCCCCAAAACACGGCAACUCUCUUGUCGUUGAGACCGGCUUCCCUACUUCCCUAGUCGAUCUCUUUGUCAAGAACCGUGAUCGUCUCAAGAAGAAAAAGAAGCGUGCGCCGGCAUCCGAUGUCUCCGCCGUUGAUACCGUGAUUGUCCCUCCAUCGCCGCCGCCGCCACCACAGCCGGCUGUCUUUGAGAGUCAUAGUGUGAUCGAGGGCGAGAGUUUGAGAGGGGAACAGAAGGAAAAUCUAGAGGAAUCGCUGCUUGAACGUGAAGAUAAGAUUCAGAUUGAGGAUCGCGCAAGCGGUUGUGAUCGUAGAUGGCUGUUCGCGACGGGAUUGAAGAUGUUUGUGGUAAUGGUUCUUGCUUUGAGCACCAAAAAGCUCACAGUUGGAAUCACAGCAUCGGCGUUUCUGCUCCUGUUUCUUGAGUAUUUUGGGAAGCAUAUUGUAUGGUUUCUGAAACCUUGUCUUCGAUCCAAUCGAAUUGACCAAUGCAAAGACUUCAAAACCCCAAUUGCAAAUGAUUUCAAAGCCCCAAUUGUAAAGGAAGAUAGGAUUGCGGUGCUGACCAUAGGAGGACUCGAGUCUUCUGAAGAAAUUCAAGUUGUGGAACCUAAUUUUGGAGUGGCUACACAAGUUGAGGAGAUUAGGAUAAAGGAACCAGAUUUGAAACUCAUGGAUUAUUUGGAGAGUGAGAGGGACGUGGAGGGAGAUCAGGAUAGAUGUGUUUUAGUGUUGAACAAAGAGGGUAGCCGAAGAGCAAAACUCAAGGCAAAGAUCAAGAAAAUUGUGCCUAAGAAGUUACGACAUGGAAAGAGAGAGAAAAAGAGAGAUGAGAGGGAGCCAGAAUCGAGCUGCAGCGAAGUUUGUAGUUCCUUUGAUGGAGAGGUUGAAGAACCAGAAAUUGGUGACAAACAAGUUUCAAGGGUUCAAGGUGAAUCAAAGUUAUCACCAUUAGAAGAAAAGGAAGAAGAAAAGUGUACAAGGAAACUUGAUGAUAGAUUCCAUAGUUUAAAUAUACAAUUGCAGACAAUUGGAGAGAAGGGUGUAGUUGAGGAAAAGUUGGGGAUUGAAAAGAAAGGGAAUUCAGGGUAUCUUUUAAUCUUUCUAAUUGUUCUUUCAGGACUCAUAGGAGGUCGGGUUGUAGCUGUGUUGCUUACUGUUUCAGGGUGUGUGAUGACAAAAUUGGUCAGGUCCUCUGUUUCUAGCUCAAGCUGGAAUCUUGGAUGGUGGUAGAUUAAAAGACUCUUUUCCUUUUAGUGUGAUGUUGUAUAAUUCUUGGAUGAAGUGAUCUUCAAGCCUCGAAUUGUGUUCGAAAGGCUCGCGAAUGAUAGGCAAGUCCAACUUUUUUUGUUGGUGGCAUCACAACUAGAGGUAUCUGUGUUCAGAACCUGUAAAUUUACAGAUAAAUAUCACACUUUAUAAAGCUUCAUUGUUUGACUUGGUAAGUU